UUUGUUAUCAUUUCGAAACAUGAAGAGCUUCUUCCUUGUACUACUACUUGUGCUGUCGGCAAUUGUAGGUUUUGCUCCUAGCGCCGCCACAUCAAAGACUAACAAUUCUUCUUCCUCCAUAGCCAAACCCAACUGCAGUGAUCGUUGCGGGAACGUAAUGAUCCCAUUUCCCUUUGGUUUAAGAGAAGAAUGUGCUCUAAACUCAAACUUCUCCAUCACUUGCAACACCUCCUAUCAUCCUCCAAAGCCAUUCAUAACAAACACUACCGCCGAGGUAAAGGAUAUAACAGUUAAAGGGCAGUUGAGCGUCAUGAAGCCCAUAAACAAAAUCUGUUAUAACCAAACAGGUGGAGAAGUUUCCUCAUUUGAAUCAUGGCCCACCCCGCCAACAUUCUACCUUAACCAGACCGCCAAUAAAUUUAUUACUGUCGGUUGCGACGCGCUUGCUCUUCUCAUAGACUAUGAGCUGCAAAACCAAAUCGAAGCUUGUAGGGCUUUCUGUGACGGCUUACAGGAGGUUAAGAACGGGAGUUGCGAGACCGGAAUUGGGUGUUGCGAGACCGGAACUACCAACGUGGCGAGGAACGCAUUCGUUGAGGUGGGUAGCUUGCAAAAAUAUACUAACACAACCCAUGUUGUUAUUCCCUGCAGCUACGCGUUCGUGGUGCAAAAAGAGGAGUUCAUCUUUUCCUCCACUAUGCUUACCAGAGAAUGGGGUGUGGAGAAGCUACCGGUUGUUCUGGACUGGAUCAUCUCGAAUCAGACGUGCAAUACGGCAUGUCAAGGUAACACCACAUGUGUCGUUGCCAUCAAUGAUACUGCCAGUAGUGAAGGGUAUCGAUGUGCUUGUAAGGAGGGUUAUGAAGGCAAUCCAUACCUCUCUGGCUGCCAAGAUAUUGAUGAGUGCGAGGAUGGAGAGAAGAACAACUGCUCCCAAAAUGCUAUUUGCUCAAAUACCAAAGGUAGUUAUGAGUGCUCUUGCAACAAAGGUUACCACGGCGAUGGGAAGGGUGCUUUAGGGUGCAUUUCUUCUAGUCAUCAACCGGUCAUGCUUGUUUUGGGUAUUGCUUUAGGGACUAUAACACUGCUGAUCUUUGGUUUUUGUCUGUACUUGGCAUAUCUAAGGAGAAAAUCAAUACAGAUGAAAGACAAAUUCUUUAUGGAAAAUGGAGGAUUGAUUCUGGAACAAAAGAUUGCCCAAGGUAGUGCAUCUUCUUGCACAACAAGAAUUUUCACUGCCGAUGAGCUUAAAAGAGCCACUAACAACUAUGAUCAAAUUAGAAUCAUUGGUCAAGGAGGUUUUGGCAUUGUUUACAGAGGACACCUUUUUGAUGGCCAAAUAGUAGCUAUUAAAAAGGCCAAGAUGAUGGAUCCAACUCAAGUUGAGCAGUUCAUCAAUGAGGUAAUUGUGCUCUCCCAAAUAAAUCAUAGAAACAUUGUCAAACUCUUUGGUUGUUGUUUAGAGACAGAGAUUCCAUUGUUGGUUUAUGAGUUCAUAAAUAAUGGAACAUUGUCUGAGCAUCUACAUAGUAAAAACAAGGCUUCCAAAAUGUCUUGGCCAAUCCGUUUAAGAAUAGCUACGGAAACAGCUGAGGUCCUCUCUUAUUUGCACACAGCAGCUUCCCCUCCCAUCAUUCACAGAGAUAUUAAAUCUGCAAAUAUUCUUCUUGAUGAUUACUACACUGCCAAGGUAUCCGAUUUUGGUGCAUCGAGACUAGUCCCACAAGAUCAAACUCAAUUGACAACAAUGGUGAAAGGAACAUUUGGUUAUCUAGAUCCAGAGUACUUACAAACCAACCAUUUAACAGAAAAGAGUGAUGUUUACAGUUUCGGAGUUGUCCUUGUGGAGUUGCUAACAAGUAGAAGCCCUCUAUCUUUUUAUGGCCCAGAGAAGGAGAGACAUCUAUCUCAAUAUUUUCUUUCACUGUUGAAAGGGAAUCAAUUGUUCAAGAUUCUUGAUGAUAACAUUGUAUGCGAGGGAAACACUAAAGAGUUACAAGAGGUUGCAUUGCUUGCAAAAAGGUGUUUAAAUGUGAAGGCGGAUGAUAGGCCGACAAUGAAGGAUGUAGCAAUUGAACUAGGUGGAUUGAGGAGGGCAGCAAAACAUCAAUUGACCAAUAAUUCAGAGACUUCCUUGGAAUCACAGACUCUACAUACCAAGCAACCCAUGCCCAUUGGAUAUGAUGCUACUUUCAGUACUACAACAACAACUGAAUAUGAUAGCUUAAAACAUCAUAUCAAGUUACCAGUAACUGCCGGAAGAUAGAUAAUUGCAAUCACUUCGGCCAUGUUGGUAAAAUAUAUAGUUAGUCUAUCAGCUAAUUUAGCUUGUUUGAUCACUAUUAAUUGUUUGUUAAACAAUCAAUAA